CUGUCUCAACAAGUCAAGAAAUUCUCACAAAACAAGAACAAAUGGACUGAUAAAGCGCUGUCAGAAGCUAUCUACUUAACCUACAUUGGCUCUGAUGAUUACUUGAACUAUGCCAAGAAUAACCCAAAUCCCUCUCAUGAUCAAAAGCAAGCCUUUGUGGAUCAAGUCAUCACUUCCAUAGAGGCAGCAAUAAAGGCUGUUCACGAGGCGGGAGGGAGGAAGUUCGCCUUCCAAAACUUACCACCGUUAGGCUGCUUGCCUAUGGUUAAACAAGAGACGGGAAACUAUAAAGAUUGUGUGAAGCUGCCUUCAGAAAUGGCAGCAAUGCAUAACAAGAACUUAUUGAAACUCAUAGAGAAACUGGCACAAGAUCUUGAGAGUUUCCAGUUCUCGUUCUACGAUUUCUUCAGCUCAAUCCAGAACAGAGUUUUAGAGCCCUACACUUACAUAUUCGGGACAGGGCCACUAAAGGGGACAGGUUGUGCAGCCAACAACGUGUGUGUCAAUCCAAAUGGGUACGUCUUCUUCGACGGUAAGUAUUUGACACAAAAAGCGAACUUUCAGGUAGCCGAUCUGAUGUGGAAUGCAAACCCUCAAGUCAUUGAACCCAACAAUCUCCGUGAGCUUCUCGUCUUUCCUCUCGACAUACCAUUCAUCUACAAUGUCAAAAGCCUUGACCAAGUUGGUAAAGCUGGCUCCUUUGUGAUAUAAUAAGAUCGUGUGUAACUGAAAUAAUCAAGGCCAGGAUUGUGUAUAUCUGGCACUUCUUAAGAUAAUCUACUGUUAAUGUCGGGUUGGUGGGCAACGUAACGAAAAUAAUAAAAUUUGACGAUGAUGUUGUGUCGUCAAAUAAAAUAUUGAAGAUGGGUAACCUUGUGGAACUCCUAGUUAAA